AUGAUCAAACGAAGACCACGGAGUCCUUUAUAUUGUUGUGGAUUUACUACUGAAGAAAUAGAGAAGACUGGAAAGGCGUUGGAUGAGUUUAUUUCAAAAUGGAACAGUUUCACUGGAACAAAUUUUAGAAAUGAAAGUAAACAUAUUAAAGAUAGUAUCGAAAAAAGCAGAUCGCAAUACAAAACCUAUUGGAUUGAUAUAAACAGAAAUAAUUCAAAAACAAGCCUAAAUAAUAAUAGUGAUUCAAUUCAAUAUAACAAACAAAGCAAGAAUUAUUUUGCAAUUAUAUUCGAUACACCGCCACUUACUAGAAUUGCUUAUUUAAUCGACAAAUUUUCCAAGAUACAAUUAGAAGAUAGAAAUCCUGAAAAAGCCAAAGAAAAUACUUUAUGGUCUGCAGCUGGUACUUCUAGAUCAGAAAAUACCUCAUGGUUUGAAGCUGGUACUUCUAGCUCAGAAAAUGCCUUAUCGUCUGAAGUUGGUACUUCUAGAUCAGAAAAUACCUCAUGGUCUGAGGUUGAUACUUCAAGAUCACAAAAUACCUCAUGGUCUGGAGCUAGUACUUCUAGUUCAGAAAAUACCUCGUGGUCUGAAGCUGGUACUUCUAGUUCAGAAAAUACCUCAUGGUCUGAAGCUGGUACUUCAAGAUCAGAAAAUACCUUAUGGUCUGAAGCUGGUACUUCUAGAUCCAGUAACGUGGAGUCUGAUUUGGAGGAUUUGAAUCAGGAAAUGUUCCCAAGCUCUGGAAAAUGGCUUUCCAACGCAUCUCCUGAAGAAAGAAAAGUGAUUUCCAAUGCAACUCCUGAAGAAAGAAAACGGAAAAGGCAGGAAAAAUAUGAUUUCGCUUUUGCCAAAAUGCUGCAAGCCGAAUUUGAUAGGAUUCAUAUUUUGCCUACGACAAGGCGUGGCACUAAGAGAAAACCGAUGGUCACUUAUUAG